AUGGAAGGAUAGAUAUCUCAUAAAAUAGUGUGAAAAUUCAGUUUGUUGUUCAGAUCUUCUAAGCACCUAUGCUCUUUUAGGGAUCCAUCUCUACUCCCUCUUCAACUUGUUUUCCGGCGAUUCUCAUGUCAGUCUCCGACGAUCAUCCGAUCAUUUGAACGGCUUGCAGGUCGUCAAUUCGGCACUUGGAGGGCCUGAGGCAUGUAUAAAAACCAGUUGCAAGAAUUAGCUCAAAGAAGCUGUUUCAACCUGCCAUCUUAUGCUUGUAUUCGUGAAGGACCUGAUCAUGCACCUCGGUUCAAAGCCACUGUUAACUUCAACGGGGAGACCUUUGAAAGUCCAACCUUCUGCACCACCCUGAGGCAAGCAGAGCAUGCUGCAGCCGAGGUGGCACUGAACACGCUUUCGAAGAGGGGCCCCUCUAGAUCUCUAGCUGCAAGAGUUUUGGAUGAAACUGGAGUUUACAAGAAUCUGCUUCAAGAGACGGCCCACAGAGCUGGGUUAAACCUUCCUGUAUAUACGACUGUUCGAUCUGGACCAGGUCAUGUUCCUGUAUUUUCAUGCACAGUUGAGCUUGCAGGAAUGAGCUUUACUGGAGAGCCAGCUAAGACCAAGAAGCAAGCACAGAAGAAUGCUGCCAUGGCUGCUUGGUCUUCCCUGAAACAAAUGUCCCAUCUUGGCUCUUCUUCGCCCUCUCCUGGGUUGGAGUCUGAAGGGAAUGAGGAGCAGGAACAGGUUGUCGUGGCUCGCACCCUUGCUAGCUUGCGUCCAGCGGAAGCAAAUAAAUCAACUCAAAAUGAUCGGCAACGUGGGCGUCGGAGAUCAGCUCCUGCUCGUAGGCCCACAAAGCCUGGUAGCACAAGCAUAUCAUUGUACCCAAUGCAGUACCAAAGUUGGAAUUAUUCUAAUUUCUUUCCUGAAAUGGCGAUGUACCAAAUGUGGCAGCAGGAACAGGCAUCCCAGCAGCAGAGCCACCUGUUGACUCAUCCAGUAGCACCAACUCCUCCGCCUGGUCCUCAUGUUAUUCCAUUUAUUCAGUCUAUAUUCCGGCCAGAACAUGGGCACUAUGUUCCAUUAAGGGAGCAAGAACAACCUAUCCAGGCUGUGCCAGGAGUUGCAAUGCCUACCUCAGGUCCAUCUUUAUACUUUUCAAACCCUUUGGUGCCAGUUCCUGUUGGGAGAAGGUCCCAGGUAACCAUACAAGAGAUUCAGGAAGAGAGAACACAAAUGGGUGAGGAAUGGCUUCAUGGUGAUGCAGAUGGUGAUGGCCGGAAAGUGAAUAUACGGUCAAAUGCCUCUGGAAUUUCUCCAUUUGAAGCUGCAAAUUCUCCUGUUUCUGGUGGCGGUCGUGCAGAACCAUUAGUCCAAGAGACAACACAGGAGGUGGAUAAACAAAAGAAUGUUGAGUCCGAUCCCAGCAUUAGGCACACUGUACAACUGGAAGGAGGCCAAAGUGAUCAUUUUGAAUGGACCUCUCGGGGGACCUCGGAUGCUGGAAAUGGGUCCAGACCGACAAACCCUGGUCAUGCUGACUUCCGGUUGCGUCAAUUGCACGGUCUUGAUUCAUCUCACUCCAGUCCCAGGCCACAUCAUCCCCCCAGAGGAGUUUCUCCAGUGAUGGCUCAAGGUUUUAGACUACCUGCAACUGCAGCUCCUGUUAUGAUCAGAACUGUUGGGCCUGCAUCUUCAGUGAGCCCCAGACUGGAAAACUCAAAUCCUCGGGUGCCUGCUCCAGCUGCAUUCAGGACUGCAGCUCCUACAUGUGCAUCUAGACCUUGGCCUGGAGGAAUGAUGAUUGGAGGAAUGCCUGCUAAUAUGAUGGCUCCAGCAGUUCAAAUCAGAUCAGUUGUCCCGGUCUGUGCAUCACCACCGGCAAGGAAAAUCCCAGAAACUAAGCAGGAUGGAUUGUUAUCAGCUAGUGAGAGAACUAAGGAGCCAGAAGAUGUGAAGGCAGCGAAUUUAGAGCUGGGUAAGCUUCGAAUAUGAGCACAGCAUAUAUAAUUUUUUCUCAGUUACUGUUAUCUAUUGGAUGCUUCCUGAUGAUCCCAUAUUUAUAGAAUGCAUCUUUUAUUUCUCUCAAA